CUUAUCUUUGGCACACUUUACCCUGCGUAUUAUUCCUACAAGGCUGUGAAAUCCAAGGACAUUAAAGAAUAUGUCAAAUGGAUGAUGUACUGGAUUAUAUUUGCACUUUUCACUACAGCAGAGACAUUCACAGACAUCUUCCUUUGUUGGUUUCCAUUCUAUUAUGAAUUAAAAAUAGCGUUUGUAGCCUGGCUGCUGUCUCCCUACACAAAAGGCUCCAGCCUCCUCUACAGGAAGUUUGUACAUCCCACACUCUCUUCAAAAGAAAAGGAAAUUGACGAUUGCCUGGUUCAAGCGAAAGACCGAAGUUAUGAUGCCCUGGUGCACUUUGGGAAGCGGGGCUUGAAUGUGGCAGCCACAGCAGCAGUGAUGGCUGCUUCUAAGGGACAGGGUGCCUUAUCGGAGAGACUCCGGAGCUUCAGCAUGCAGGACCUGACCACCAUCAGGGGCGAUGGUGCUCCUGCUCCACCUGGCCCACCCCCACCAGGAUCUGGACGGAGCAGUGGCAAACAUGCCCAGCCGAAGAUGUCCAGGAGUGCUUCUGAGAGUGCUGGCAGCUCAGGCACCGCCUAGAACCCUUCGAUCUCGAUCUCGAUCUCGAUCUCGCUUCAGGAAGAAAAGUACCUCAUCCUCGGCCACUGAAACCACGUGAGUGAGAUGAGCCAGCAGCAUCAGGAUCCACAGAAUGUCUCUCCUCUGCCUUAAAGAGCUAUCACUAAUAACACAGAAAUCCGCAAGCUGGGUGUGCUUUGUGUGCGGCCUCACACACAUGGCCUUCUCUCUCCUCUCUUCCAUUUUUAGGACUUUUCCUCCACUCCUUUUCUUUCUUUUUCUGGGGAGAAGAUAAAGGUGAAGGUAGUGGGAGGUGACUUUUAAGU